AUGCACAACCCCAAGCACGCGGGCUCCCCCGUCCCCCAGACAUCGCUUUCUCCGCCGUCCUCGGCCACCGCAACCGCCAUUCCGCUGGCCACCUUCGCCUCACCGCAAGAUCCGCCGCCCCUGUCCGACAGCCCCCAGCAGCUCCGACACCACGACCCCCCGCUGCAUCCUCCGCACCGCUCCGGCGCCUUCACCAUGGAGGGUUCGUCGUCGAACCACUCCCGCCGCCGGAGCACCUCGCUCAUCGGCACCCAAGCCCUGGGCGUCGGCCGCUCCAACUCGCUGCGCUCGCAGCGCGGCCACCGGCGCGCCGUGUCCGAGCACAUCCCUGAGGCCCAAGAGGACAAGCACGACCUCGACCCCGAGCGCGACUCCAGCAGCCCGUCCGGCUACGAGGACACCGACGACGAUGACAUCACAGACGAGGAGGCUGCUCUCACCGGCAAGGACCGCCGGAAGCGCAGGAAGCACAAGCGUCGCAACACCAUGCUCGACAAUCGCGUCGCUGCCGACGUCACCAUUAGCGACGAGGAGGAGAAGGUUGCGAGCGCCGCUCUGUUCAAGUCUUCGCUCAUCAACGUCUGUCUGAUCGGCCUAUGGUACUUUUUCUCCAUAUCUAUCUCAAUCUACAACAAGUGGAUGUUCGCAAAAAGCGACGACAAAAACCAAAAUCUCAACUUCCCCUUUCCGCUCUUCACAACGUGUCUGCACAUGAUCGUGCAGUUCUCUCUCGCCUCUCUCGUUCUCUAUUUCCUCCCACAGCUCCGCCCGCGGCACGAUUCGCUCAGCGCGGAUGAAGGUCCGGCGGGCCGUUCGCCGCCGCAACGGCAGGAUAACGUGGAUCCAAAUAAGCCGCUCAUGACCAAGUGGUUUUAUAUAAGCAGGAUCGGGCCGUGUGGAGCGGCCACAGGCCUGGACAUUGGCCUGGGCAACAUGAGUCUCAAGUUCAUCUCGCUCACAUUCUUCACAAUGUGCAAGUCGUCCGUCCUUGGUUUUGUGCUCAUUUUUGCCUUUCUCUUCCGGCUGGAAAAGCCCUCGUGGAAGCUGGGCGGCAUCAUUCUCACAAUGACGGUUGGAGUGGUGAUGAUGGUCGCCGGCGAGACGGCUUUCAAUGCUCUCGGCUUCAUUCUCAUCAUGUCGUCCGCCCUUUCGUCCGGAUUCCGGUGGUCGCUGACUCAGAUCCUGCUCCUUCGGAACCCCGCGACAUCCAAUCCUUUUUCUUCCAUCUUCUUCCUUGCCCCUGUCAUGUUCAUCAGCCUGCUCGUCAUCGCAAUACCGGUCGAAGGAUUCGUCGAGCUUCUGGACGGGUUCAACAAACUCCGGGAUGUCAAGGGCACUCCGCUGAGUUGCUUGAUUUUGAUCUUCCCGGGAACACUUGCUUUCCUCAUGACGGCCUCGGAGUUCGCUCUGCUGAAGCGCACCAGUGUCGUCACUCUCAGCGUGUGUGGCAUUUUCAAAGAAAUCGUCACCAUCACGGCAGCGUCCAUCGUCUUUGAUGACAGACUCACUACCAUCAACCUGUCAGGCCUGAUCGUCACGAUCGGCAGUAUCGGGGCAUAUAACUGGAUGAAGUUCAAGAGGAUGCGGGAGGAGGCAAGGAUGGAGGCCCAUCUGCAGAAGGAGGACUAUCAGCCCGUGUUCAACUCGGAGCCCGCGGAAGAGGAGCGGAUUGGACGCCCCAGCACUAGCAACCUGAUCCGGAAUAGUCUGAGCAUCCAGCCCGUCUCGGACCGGGACCGGCUCUUGAUCAACGACAUGCCGCCACGGCAGAGCCCUGUCAAGAGACCGGAAGAUUUGGAUUAA